AGCAAAACCCAGGUCCAAAACCCUAGUGCUGCUCCUCCCUCCCUCUCUGAGAAGGCUCGUCGGCGGCGGCGAUUAGCAGCAGCCAUGGGUAAGGCGAAGGGGAAGCAGAGGCAGGACAAGUUCUACCACCUCGCCAAGGAGCAAGGGUACCGGAGUCGGGCGGCCUUCAAGCUGCUGCAGCUCGACGCGCGGUACCGCUUCCUGCCGACGGCGCGCGCCGUGCUCGACCUGUGCGCGGCGCCCGGCGGAUGGGUCCAAGUGGCCGUCAACCACGCCCCCGUAGGCGCCUUCGUCGUCGGCGUCGACCUCGUGCCCAUCCGCCCCAUCCGCGGCGCGCACUCCCUCACGGAGGACAUCACCACCACCAAGUGUCGGUCGUCCAUACGGAAGCUCAUGGACUCCAAGGGCGUCGGGGCCUUCGACGUCGUCCUCCACGACGGGUCGCCCAACGUCGGUGGCGCGUGGGCGCAGGAGGCCACCACGCAGUCCGCGCUCGUCAUCGACUCCGUGCGCCUCGCCACCAUGUUCCUCGCCCCCAAGGGCACCUUCGUCACCAAGGUCUUCAGGUCUCAAGAUUACAAUGCUAUCAUGUUCUGUCUCAAACAGCUAUUUGAGAAGGUUGAGGCGACUAAACCAACAGCCAGUCGUUCCACGUCUGCUGAAAUUUAUAUUAUCUGUCAGAAAUAUAAAGCCCCUGCAAAGAUUCAACCAGAACUUCUUGAUAUAAAGCACUUGUUCAGUGUGGAUGAAGAGAAGAGCGUGCCUAGGGAUAUAACUAAUCCUGGAAAGAAAAAGAGAGAACGUUCUGGGUAUGGAGAAGGAGAAACGGUAUUGGGGAAAGCUGGUCUGGCAUCAGAUUUUAUAUGGUCUGAAGCUCAGACACCGAUCGAGUUUCUUGGUUCUUUUGGUGCAAUUUCAUUUGAAGAUCCAGCGUCACUACCUAUCAAGAAUCAUGAGCUUACUACUGAGGAGAUAAAACACCUCUGUGAGGAUUUAUAUGUGCUAGACAAAAAUAGCUUCAAGCAUAUAUUGAAAUGGCGUAUACGCAUAAGGAAAGCACUCUCAGCAUCUUCUCAAGUUACCCCAAAGGCUGAUGGUACCACGUUGGAUGCCAAGGUCAAAGAUGAUGACCAACUUUUACAGGAAAUGGAAGAAUUGACGAGUGUCAUUGAUAGAAAGAAAAGGAGAGAGAAGAAACGUCUAUCAAGACGUCGCGCAAAGGAUAAAGCACGUAAGGCAACAGGAAUGCAAAUUGAUGCUACAGAAGAUGGAUACUGUGAUCCUGACCUGUUUUCAAUUGAUGCUAUAAAGGGUGGAAAAGGACUUCAAGCUCUAGAGUCAACAGAGCUUAAUGUGGAAGAUAGCAUUGGAGACAGUGAGGAUGAAGAGACUCAAACUCAUGAAGACUCUGAUGAGGAAAUGGAUUCUGAUGAAGAGCAGCAAAGGUAUGAUGCUCAACUCGAGGAAAUGCUCGAUGAAGCUUAUGAGCGUUUUGUGACUAAAAAGGGCGGGGAAGUAAAACAAGAACGUAAACGUGCCAAGAGAAUCAAUACCGAUGCUGAUGCAGAAUUGUUAGAGGGAGGCGAAGAUGAUGGUGAUGAUGUUGACAUGGAUCAAGUUUCUGAUGAAGAUCAAGAUCAAGAUGAAGACACCAAUCCCCUUCUAUUAUCUCUAGAUACAGAGAAGCCAACAAAAGAGCAGAUUGUAAAGCAGUGGUACAGUCAGGAUGUGUUCACAGAAGCAGGGGCUGGCGGCCUGACUGAGCAGAGUGAUAGUGAAAAUGAAAGAGAGAAGCCACGUAAGAAUUUGAAAAAGAUGGAUUCAGGAAAGGAGAUGCGGGCUAAAGCACAGAUGGAUUCAGGAAAGAAGGAGAAACUGGCUAAAGCACAGCGCUCGCAAGAGGAUGAAUUUGAGAUAGUACGAGCAGAACCAGUCCGGACUGAAGAGGACUCGUCCUCAUCUUCUGAUGAUUCGGAUGAUGAACCAGAGGAGGACCUCGAUGAUGACACAAAGGCUGAAGUGCUAGCCUAUGCACAUAAAAUGUUGAGGAAGAAGCAGAGGGAGCAGAUACUUGACGAUGCUUACAACAAGUACAUGUUUGAUGAUGUAGGAUUGCCUAAAUGGUUUGUUGAAGAUGAAAAGCGACACACCCAGCCUAUGAAACCUAUCACCCGUGAAGAAGUAGCUGCCAUGAAGGCCCAGUUUAGGGAGAUUGAUGCCCGGCCAUCCAAGAAAGUAGCAGAGGCUAAAGCUCGGAAGAAGCGUGUUGCCAUGAAGAAACUGGAGAAGGCACGCCAAAAGGCAGACAUUGUCGCGGACCAGAGUGACAUAAACGAGAAGUCAAAGGCGAAGAUGAUUGACAAGAUCUACAAGAAGGCGGUGACGACCCAGAAGCCUAAGAAGGAGUAUGUUGUUGCAAAGAAGGGGGUUCAGGUCAGGGCUGGUAAGGGUAAGGUGUUGGUGGAUCCGCGGAUGAAGAAGGACAAGAGGACCAGCGGGUUGGGGAAGAAGGGGAAGGGCGGCAAAGGAGGCGCCAAAGGUGGCAAGGGGAAGAAGGGAGCUGCCGGCCAGAGGAAAGGAGGCGGGCGAGGGAAGGGUGGGAAGAAGGCAGGCAAAUCCCCGCAUUGAGUAGUUCUGCAACUGGCAUGGCUCCUGCUGAAUGUUUGCCUGUUGCUCUACUGCUAAAUUUUGAAUGGCCAGCUAGACGGCAACUCAAAUGGCUAGCUGUUUUUGUUAUACGUUGUACUAUGAACGAUUUCACAUGUGUCUGAAAGUUUUGUAAGCUGAGUUAUUUUGUUGGACGAAUGGGGACAAUAAUAUGUGAUUUAGGACCUGUUUGAGGUCAAUGCCAAGUAACAUAUUAUCAUUGCC